AUGUCACUCACUACGCGCCUCCCAUUCCUUUUCCUCACCCUUAUCGCCCUCAUAAUCUCAGCCCUAGCCGCCGACAGCAUCCUCCCCACUUCAGCUUCCAAUACAUUUCCGCAAUGCGGGUUGACCUGCACAACGUUGACCGACGCGCAGACCUCCUGUGAAUCAGGCGCCGCCUCAACCUGGACCUCAUGCUUCUGCCAGUCAUCCCUGCUCACCAGCCUCAAAACCUCCGGCAGCAUCUGCUCCACCUGCAGCGCUGCAGACCAAGCCACCCUCUCAACCUGGUAUAAUAACUACUGCAACUCCGGCGGCAAAGAUACAUCCAACACCGCCACCACAACAACCAAGUCCACAGCCAACGCAGCCUCUACAUCUGGUUCCAGCUCGAACGCAAACACGAACAAGCCCGUCUCGGCCACAGACGAGAAUCCGUCAUGGUGGAGUACCCACUAUCGAUGGGUCAUCAUGCUCAUUGUGCUGGCUAUCGGAUUCAGUCUCAUCGCAGUCCUCGGUGUACGGUUUAAGCGUCGCUAUGACGCUAAACGGCCCAAUCUCUACCACGGCGGUGGCAGCAGCUUGCUAAGCACUGCUUCCCCGCCGACUCCACGCGAUGCCGCCUGGGCCGACGUCGCGCCGGUGCCGGUGCCGGCCCCCGAUCUUGCUGCUGGAUCUCUGGCUAGUAGCUCGCGCUCGACCAUGGCGAAGACCAGCACUCCUGUCCCCGGGACUCGGACGAGAUUGACCAAGGUUGAGCAGGACUCUGGAGAUGUGGAGAUUCGACAGGUUUAA